AUAACGCCGCACUAUUGGCCGAUCUUCGAUAUCAGCGCAUGGCAGAGUGGCUUUUGCUUAAUGUUACGGCGUUAUUGAGCUGUCUGUCAGGCCUUUGGCGACAGGACCACGUGGAAACCGCCUUUCCUCGCAGCGCUUUGGCGCUUGGAGAGCACGACCAGCAGAUUAAAGUUUAUGGCCACGUGGUAGAUAGCGGCUAUUUGGAUCGGGAAAAUUCCGCUGUUUCUUCUCUUCGUCAUUGGCUGGAACAAAUUCGGGAGCUUUCUUAUCGCAUUCUCAAUAAUUUUUUUUCUUUUUCAUUUUUCUAUGAAGACCACUUUUUAGGGAUUAUAUAUUCUGCCGUUUCCUGCGACUUCCAGUUUACUGAAGCGCGCCACUAUAAAUACAUUAUUCUGCACGUGCUUCACCCACUUUUUGCCGAAUGCUCAUUGGAGCUUUGGACCCGUUCAGCCACGUCAGUUGUCGUUCAAGUGGUACAGCUACUUUUUAACGCUUUGGAGUGCGCGUGGCACAAAUUUAACCAACUUUCCGCCAACAAUAAUGAUGAUAAUAAGAUUAGUGAAGUUUUAUAUAAAACGUUGUUAAGCGAAAAUACUCUCAUUUUUUGCAAGUGCUUAUCAAGUGCUCUCGUUGAUGAAAAUGAAGUUAUUAGUGAAUAUAUGAAAUUUGCAACCACUGAAAAUUCUUUAUUUCAUCUUUUUAGUCACGUGGUGCUCUCGAGUCUACUUUGGCCUGAUAAAAGCGCUGCUUACUGGAGUGCUCGUACCGGCAGCGCAUUGAUCCGAUUCAUAUUAGAGUCAAACGCUCAUUGGCUAGUUCCCGCUUAUUUUCGAGCCAUUUUAAGCACAGUCUUAUAAAAUUCACGGAAACGAGGAGCAAGUGGGCCGUUAUCUUAUUUCUUCGCUUUUUCUUAUACAUGAACAUGCAAGUCUUCUAUUUUUUAAUAUUUUAGAAAAAUACGGCUUUACAGUUGAGCAAAUAAAACAUUUUGAUGAACAAAUAAAAAAAUUAUUGAUAAAUUCCAGCAAAAGGACGGGAAGUAUAAAGCUUUUUAGAGAAUUUUUUUCUCCUCUACUGAAAUGUAAAGUUUCUCUUCAAGGCAAACUUCCAACUUAUUAUGAAAACUGGCAGUCGUUCUUUUUUUGUACAGCAGAAGGUGAAAAAAAAUUUCACGAGAAGCAAAAUCGAUUGAGUGAAAUUGAAAAUCUUGGAUUA